AUGCUAUUAGUAGAUGCGGGCUUAUUAUGGGAAAAGUUUAAAGAACAAGUGGACUGGAAAAAUACAGCUUCUAGCAACAUAUCCAUAUUAAGAGAAGCAAUAAAAGAGAACAAUAUUCUUUUGAGCAUUAAAUAUGAGUGA